UAUUUUGAGGUCACAUCGGAUGGACUGUUGAAGUAUACUUUCGCCAGAAAAGUCCGCAUAGUUACUCCCACAACUUCCGGGUUUAUGUUUACCCGUCAAGGCAAACGCUGAGUGCGCAUGGGCGAGAACGAGCUCUUCCAAUCCAGUUUAACUCAGAUUCUCGGUGACAACGAGCAAAUUUGACUGUCGUAAUGGCGGACUGAGUGUAGGGCUGAUAUGUUAUUGUUCUCAAUGCUUUAAGUGCUGAGUUUGCGUGUCGCUUUGUACAGUAUCAACUGCAACGUUAGAGACUUGGAUAAUUAUCAACUUUAGGGUUUUACAGCGUUUUUGCAGCCUUUAGUUUUUUGUGAAGAAGUUUCCCAUUCAGCUAUCAGGGGAGGUUGGCUUGUCAACCGGACAGCUGUGAUGGGGGACUCUCUGGGUUUGGUGGGGAAACGGUUGUUGUUGCUUUUCGGAGAUAGACAAGCCGCAACCGAAACCAAGGAAACCCAGGCCCUUUGGAACCGGGACUGGCUCCGGGGAACAGUCCGGGCGGUCAGCGUCAUUGGGUUGGACAGUCCCGGUGUAGAGGUGUUUGUUGAAUUUGAGGACUGCCCCUGGCGACGGCGGUCUUGGGUGCACAUAUAUGGUGAGGACGUGUCCGUUGUCCUGGUGGAGAGCGUCAUUGUGCGGGCAGCCCGCAGUGAUUCCACUCUACCAGGAGAGGGCGCCACAGCCAGUCCAGCAUGGCCAGCAUUGUCGUACAGGGCUCUGGUGGACCGCGUGGGCCUGGGAUCCCUGGUUCCUGUGGAGUCCUUUGUGGAUCGAACGAUUCAUUUCCUCCCAAAUGGGGACUCGCUGCAGAAAUUUGAGGUGGAGAAUGAGCACAGUAACAGCUUCCUGCAGGACCAGCCCUCCCUACAGGCUGCAGUCAGGAGCUGGCACAGAGACGCUGAGCUGCAGGAGAUACUCAGGAGAGGAUCAAGUACUAUUCUGGGCCGGAGAGUGAGGGUGUACCAGCCCGAGUUUGACCAGCCCUGGGCCCUGGGCCUGGUGUCAAAGCACAGCCCCCUUUCGCACAUCAUGGAGGUCACCAUAGACCAGACUACUGAGAAGCAGCUUGUGGACCCGCGGGUGAUCCACGUGAUGCUGGCUGAAGAUGUGCCUGAGGAGGCGGGACAGGGAGACUUGGAGAUGAAAGAGAGCGAGGGAGGGAAGCGGGAGAAUGGCCGGCGGCGCAGGAACCCCUCGGAGGGGGACGGGGGCGUGGCCCUGAAGCGCCCCAAAGGCGGAGGAAGAGAGCGCGACAGCGGCGACACCAAUGGCAACGGGGGCGGGGCCAGCAGCAACGGGACAAACGAGGGCAUGGCGGCGCGGGUUGACGAGAGAGCGGCGACAGUGGCGACUGUGGCGGCAGCAGGAGGGGUGAGCACCAGCGUUUCUGCCGUGGCCCCGCCCCCCAGCCGGGUCUCCCCGAAUUCUCUCUCUGCUACUCCUCUCUGCCAGUCCCAUGGUGACGGGCGGACUUCGCCCCCUCACCCCCCUCCUACACACGCUCACACCUCAGCUCUGCCCACUCACACCCAGGCUCCGCCCACUAACAUCCGAGCUCCACCUCCUAACACCCCCACCCCCCCUCCUCUCAAACCCGCACCGCCCCCUCCUCCGUCCCACGCCCUCUCUCCUUCCGUGGGUCACAUGCCCAGGCUCACCCGCGCCGCCUCUCCGAAACCCGCCCUGCCCUCGCCGCCUGAGGGAGACGAGCCCACUGCAGCCCCCGUCACCUCCUCUCCCCCCUCACAGGUGUGUGAAGCGGGGGCUCCUUCCCCUGGUACUGUACCCCCCCUGAGCUCCGGACACAACCCCCCCACCUGGAGAGGGAAUCACACUGAGAUCCCAGAACCCCCUGUGACGGCUGCAGCUUGGCUCCAGACGCGGGGCGGCCCGGUUUUUGGGGAGGCGCGCAGCAGGACUCCCACGCAGCCGAACGGGGCGGCGGCUGGCCCAGACGGCAGGCCGUUCGGGUUCGGCUUCGGCAGCGAGGGGGGGCCAGGCGGGGACGCGCCUUCCUCCCAGAACCUGUUCUUCCAGUGCAUGGCCACCGGGGGGCAGAGUUCGGCCGGCGGCUGCUUCCCCGCGGCGCCUCAGGACGCAGCCAAGCCCACCGCCUCCUCCGCGGACACGCGGGGGAUGGGGGGCGGGCUGUUCGGGAUCGCCCCGCCCUCGACUCCGGACCUCAGAGAGCAGGGCAAGGCGCUGGAGCCGGCGAGAGUGGGGGACGCGGGGACGCCAAAACCUCUGCCCAGGGGCACUGGCCUUGGCCCGGUUGCCAUGGCGAACCCCUCAGGGGCGCACGAGAACCUCUUCCUGCAGACCCCCAAAGGUGCCGAGCCGGCCAGCCCCUUCCUGAUGUUCGGGGAGAGUAAGGUCCCCCACAGCGCCUUCGGCGGCCCGCCCAACCCUCGACCCGCCCCCGCCGCGGCGCCUGGCUCGGUCGCCACGGCGACAGGCGACCCCCGGUGCUCAGCGGAGAGUCCGCAGAACCUGUUCACCAUGUCAGAACUGCCCAAGGGCCUCCUGACGUCCCCGUUCCCCAGCAGCACCCCCCCGCCAACCUCGCACCCCCCCGCCCCGCCCCCGGAGACGCCUGACGCCGGCGGGGGCGGGGCGGGGCCUGCGAAGGGGGCGGGCCAGGUGGACUCCGCGGUGUCUGGCUUCAGCGGCGGCGCCGGAGUCCCGGGCCCCGGAGACGCCCCCGGCGCUUUCGAGGCGUCGCCCGCGCGGACGUUCCCGCUGGACGAGCGUGGGCUGUCGCUCAGGCAACAGUCCGACUCCAGCACCAAUAACAGCGACCUGUCGGACCUGAGCGAGGCGGAGGACGGCCCCCCUGACAGCCAGCACGCCCCGGCAGGGGGGUCCCCGAGGGCCCUGCUCCUGGAGAAGAGUAAGGGCGUGGCAAAAGGCCGUCCCCGCAGCAAGCCCUGCGCAGUGGGUCAGUCGGUGCUGAAGGACAUGGUGAAGGUGCGGCGUCUGAAGCAGACGGGGGAGUCCUUCCUGCAGGACGGCUCCUGCAUCAACGUGGCGCCCCACCUGCACAAAUGCCGCGAGUGCCGCCUGGAGCGCUACCACAAGUCCCGCGAGCAGGAGCCCGACGACGACGACUCCACCGUCGCCUGCCGCUUCUUCCACUUCCGCAGGCUGGCGUUCACGCGGAAGGGGGUCCUGCGGGUGGAGGGCUUCCUGAACCCCCAGCAGAGCGACCCCCAGGCCAUGGAGCUCUGGCUUCCCUCCCCCCCCGCACAGCAGGGCCUGGACCUCGACACCUCCAAGUACAUCCUGGCCAACGUGGGCGACCAUUUCUGCCAGCUCGUCAUGUCCGAGAAAGAGGCCAUGAUGAUGGUGGAGCCGCACCAGAAGGUGGCGUGGAAGCGGGCGGUGAGGGGCAUCAGGGAGAUGUGCGACGUGUGCGAGACCACGCUCUUCAACAUCCACUGGGUGUGCCGCAAGUGCGGCUUCGGCGUGUGCCUGGACUGCUACCGCCUGCGCAAGAGCCGGCCGGCGGACGUGGUGGAUGAGGGGCUGGAGGAGGACGUGUUCUCCUGGCUGAAGUGCGCUAAGGGGCAGCCGCAUGAGCCUCAGAACCUCAUGCCCACUCAGAUCAUCCCUGGAACAGCACUCUACACCAUUGGAGACAUGGUGCACUCCGCCAGGGGCAAGUGGGGCAUCAAGGCCAACUGCCCCUGUGCCAGCCGGCACACCAAACCCCUGGUCCGCCCCGCCGCCCACAACGGGCUGUCACAGCAGUGCAGGGUAACCUCCAGCAGCAGCGGCGCCCCUGGCAACGGGGUGACCACGCCCAAAACCGAGGGGGAGGCGCCAGCUGCUAGGACGGAGGCGGCUCUCGGCGGGGGAGCUGAGGCCGCAGCGGGUGUCCGGGACGUGGGCAGCGGCCAACCGUCCGCCACCAAAGAGCCCCGCCCACAGGGCCCUGAGAACGCCUCCUCCUCUGCCCUCCACUGGCUGGCAGACCUCGCCACACAGAAGGCCAAAGAAGAUGUCAAAGACUCCAGUUCCCUGCGGUCUGUGAUGUCCCAGGAUUCCCGCUCCCCGUUCGGUCUGGAGUCCUUCAGCUCUCUCUCCAAAGCCUCCCCCUCCUCCUCCUCCUCCUUCUCCUGCUCUUCCUCCGCUAGCCCCAAGCUCUUUAACAGCCUGCUGCUGGGCUCCAGCUCGUCCCAGGCCAAAGGGGACGGCUCCAGCCUGAGGGACCUGCUGAACUCGGGUCCCGGGAGGCUCCCACAGGGGCCCACGGACUCCGGGGUCCCCUUCCCCUCCGUCUUCUCCACCGUGUCCACGCUGGGUGACAAGGCGAAAAGCAGCCUGCCCAACUUCCUGGACCACAUCAUCGCGUCCGUCGUGGAGACGAAGAAGACGGAGGUGCGGCGGGGCGGGGCGGAGUCCGGGGAGACGGGGGGCGGAGUCAGGCGGGACGGUGUCAUGGGUCUGAGUGUGCUGGACCCCCACACCUCGCACACCUGGCUUUGCGACGGCCGGUUGCUAUGCCUGCUGGACCCUAGCAACAGCAACAACUGGAAGAUCUUCCGCGAGUGCUGGAAACAGGGCCAGCCGGUGCUAGUCGCAGGGGUUCACAGGAAACUGAAGGCGUGCCUUUGGAGGCCCGAGGCCUUCAGCCAGGAGUUCGGGGACCAGGACGUGGACCUGGUGAACUGCAGGAACUGCUCCAUCGUCUCCGACGUCAAGGUCCGGGACUUCUGGGACGGCUUCGAGGUCAUCUCCAAGCGGUUACAGGGUAUAGACGGGCUGCCCAUGGCACUGAAGCUCAAAGACUGGCCCCCAGGGGAGGAUUUCAGGGACAUGUUGCCCACCAGGUUUGAUGACCUGAUGGAAAACCUGCCCCUUCCGGAGUACACCAAGAGGGAUGGCCGUCUGAACCUGGCAUCCCGCCUGCCCAACUUCUUCGUGCGGCCGGACCUGGGUCCCAAGAUGUACAAUGCCUACGGGCUGAUCUCCACAGAGGACAGGAAAGUGGGCACCACCAACCUGCACUUGGACGUCUCUGACGCGGUGAACGUCAUGGUGUACGUGGGCAUUCCGGAGGGAGAGGACGACCACGAGAGGGAAGUGAUGCUGACCAUCGACGAAGGCGACGUCGACGAGGUGACGAAGAGGCGGAUCUAUGACGCAAAGGAGAAGCCUGGCGCUCUCUGGCACAUCUACGCCGCCAAGGACGCCGAGAAGAUCAGAGAGCUGCUCAGAAAGGUGGGGGAGGAGCAGGGGCAGGAGAACCCCCCGGAUCACGACCCCAUUCACGACCAGAGCUGGUACCUGGACCGGGGCCUGCGGCGGCGGCUCCAGGGGGAGUACGGGGUGCAGGGCUGGGCCAUCGUGCAGUUCCUGGGGGACGCCGUCUUCAUCCCCGCGGGGGCCCCGCACCAGGUUCACAACCUGUACAGCUGCAUCAAGGUGGCGGAGGACUUUGUCUCCCCAGAGCACGUAAAGCACUGUUUCAGACUGACCCAGGAGUUCAGACACCUGUCCACCACUCACACCAACCACGAGGACAAGCUGCAGGUGAAGAACAUCAUCUACCACGCGGUGAAAGACUCCAUCGGAACGCUGAAGGCCCACGAGCACAAGGUGUCCCGAUAGCUCCGCCCGCUCGCCAUCGCUUCUGAAACCCAAACGCGUUGCCGGGACGACGCCAGCACAAUGCCGACUCCACGCCCGAGUGUGAUGUCACACCCCGUGGGCAGGAAGAGAAACGGGGGACGUUCUAUUCAGCGCUAAUCUGGAGAUGCCCUCUGCUGCUGCUGGGAUGAAUUAAGCACUUUCUCCAGUGUUAGGAAUAUCCCUAAACCCACGUUUUUUUCUUCAGUUGUUUAUUUUUUGUGUUUUUCACUUUGUAUUUAAGAUCAGUAUUUUGGUUUGUGAUUUAUUUUUUAAAUAAACAUUUCCAAUUCAUGACUUAAGCAGGUGAUGUGCCUUCACAUUGGCUAGUACAGAACAAAUUAUAAUUUUUUGUUUACAAUUUGUGCCUCAUCCUCAAGAUCCCUCCAUCAUAACCCUCACCCAGCCCAUUUGAGGAGAGCAUUUUCUGCUUCCUGUUUUCUUUUUCUGCCCAGCUGAGAAUUUGUCUCGUUUCCCAACUCCUGUCCUGGCGAUUCACAAAAUGAGUGCAGUAAGGCAAACAGACCAAAGUUCUGUAUUCUUUUCUUUCCAUUUAGAGCAAGGAUGUCCCCUUUUUAGGGUUGGUUUUGGCUGGUGAACACAGAGCUGAUAACUGAUAUUAUUAACCCUUUGAAGAGUAGGUUUUUUUAGAAUGUUUUUUAAUUUUUUUUUAUUUGGUGUUCUUGAAGUCCAUUGCUCUCAUUCACCGGUAGUGAUUGUUAAAUCAGCAUUAGAAUGUUCAGUUAUGAACAUUCUAAUCGCAUGUUUGUGAUCCUGCACCUUACAGGGUUAAAGGUGAAUGUGGGAGGGUGAAAAAUCUGGUAAACUUUGUUUUGUUUUUUGAUGUUUUUUUAUGUCAACUCAAUGUCCAUUGGAUUAAAUUAAUUGUGAAGUUGAA